AACUUCCUUCCUUGUUGAUAUCCUGGCAGGUAUAUUUUCAGUUGAGGAAGUACUGUAAUGCGAAACAUUGUUUACGAGUGAAGUUAAUCAUUGUUAAGUGUCAUAUGUUCUUUAGCUUAACCAUUGUGAUUUUGUGCUAUGAUUCUUCAAAUGUAUCGACAUUUAAAUCAAUUUCCUCCAGUAAAAUUACAUGUCUGUAAAAUCACCUGAACUACGGAGGUUCUGAAGAGGAUGUUCUGUACAAUGGCUGAGAACAUAGGAUGACAUUGAAAGUAUUGGUGUUUAGAUACUUGGGUAAACACAUGGAUUAUAUUAAGGUGUGGAUCCCACAGCAAUAGUUAUGGGUGCUGUAACGAGCUGCUGUGGGCGUAGGCCCAAGAAAAGUCGGCUACGUACAAAGGACGAAUGCCGCCCAUCAAAACGUGGCCACCGGCGCCAGUUAAGCGCUGCAUAUAAUGCCAGUGAGUUUACUAUGGACCAACUUGAUAUCAAUCAAGCGUGCGAAGAAGAAUUAAUGAAUUUAGAUGGCAUCAGUCGCAAUGUUGCACGUAACAUCAUACAGUAUAGGAACUAUAUUGGGGGUUUUCGUAAAGUUGAAGAUCUUGCCUUAGUUUCUGGAGUUGGUGCGCUGAAAUUGGAGAAUUUUCGUACAGAUAUUUAUUGCGGUGAAUUUUGUUGUUCGCCGUCAAGGACUCAACGGCCGAAUUUAUCACGUGUUCCAUCUUGGACACGGUGGAGUACUUACUCCAAGUGCAAUUCUGUUGAUAAAGUUGACAUUAAUACGGCAUCGCUGGCGCAGAUUGCGCAAAUACGUGGUGUUCGAGAAAAUGUAGCUGAAGAAAUUGUUAAUUACCGCAAUGAAAAUGGUCCAUUUCAAGUGCUCUCUGAAUUAAGUCACCUACCAUCUGUCGGAACGUAUUUAUUUGACCGAAUUCGUGGGUUUUUGACGAUCGGUGACACGGUAAGUGUAAGCGUUAGUACCACAUCGACACCGGUUUCAGUAGCUGAGCAGGGAGACUUAUUCCAAGGCUCUGCUAACGUCUCAUGUUCAACACAGACGCCGCCAAAACAAGACCGUAUACCGGUAUGUUUGUGCCACACAGGCUUGGCCGAGGACUACAAAUGGAAAGUAAACAUUGAGAAACAUGGCAGGCCAGUGAUUCGGAUUGCUUCAUGGAAUUUGGGACAAUAUACUCUGGCAAAAUGUCGGAAUCUUGGAGUUAAGGAAGUAAUUGUUCGCACCAUCCUUGAAAAUGGAUUUGGACUGAUAGCAGUACAAGAUAUCAGGGAACAACAUGUUCUGGUACAGCUGUGUCUCGAGUUGAACAAAGCGGUAGAAAGUCUUGGACAGCAUGGCAACUGGAGGAGCGUGACGUCCGACCCUGUAUAUGCGUAUGCUCAGGGGCAUGAAUAUUCAGGAUUUAUAUGGAAUGCAGAUGCAUUGAAACUGGAAGACUCCUCAUUGCUGGCUAGCUCUUUCAAGCUGCCCCAGAGCGGAACACCGCUUCGUUGGCCAUUUUUAGGCUGUUUUCGUGUUGGACAAAUUGAAAUAUCGGUUGUGAACAUCCACGUGGCAUCGUCGGGCUCUCAUCAGACUAGCCUCCUGCAAAGACUAUGGGGAGGCUACUCUUCAGUGAGCCUCUUGUCUCAAGCUGUUAGUGCUGAGCUGCACGAUGAUGAGAAUCUGGUAAUCCUUGGUGAUUUUGACUGUCCUCCGUUUGAGGAUGACUUCGACGUUCUCAGAUUAAAGGGCUUCCAAAACAUGCUGGCAGAGUAUGAGUACACCGACAUAUCGCUAGAUAAUGUGAAGGGCAGCCAAUGCCAGGAUAACAUCUGGAUUAAUCAUACUGCAGGAAAACUUUUAACAGGUAAUACUGGGAUAUGUAGAGAAAAUCUAACCCACCCUCUUAUACCAAAUGGAUGGUCCCUGAAUGGAGUAGUAUCAAACAGUUGCCCUAUUUGGGCGGACAUGUACACUGCAAUUACAGGUGGAGACAACAUGUCAAGUAAUGGAGGAGCAAAUCAUAUUUGCUAAGCAAAGAGAUGUGCUAAGAAUAAGUAUUAUUAUGAAAUAGAAUUUACAAAUUCAAUGCAAUCUGGUUUUAUAAUUUCUGCUUAUGUUUUAUAAUUAUAGGCAAGCUAUUUUGUGUUUUGGAAUAUAAUGUACAACAGUUGUUUUGGGGUAGGUAUAUAAGGAAGUUACUUAUAUAAGUUCUUCCGCAAGUUGAGGAUAAAUAUACUAGUUCAUUAUGAUGUUUAAUCAUAUAAACUGGGUGUGCAUUUUACUGAUAAGGAUUUUUAUGCCAUUUAAAUAACUUGUUUGUCUGGGAAAAAAAAUAAUUUUGCCCUUUCUGUAAGUAUUCAAUUAGUCUAGACUAUGAUUUUGUUGACAUUCUACAUUUGCAAUUUAAUUCUUAUUAAGGAAGUUAUGAAUAUACAUACUUUUAUUUUAUAAAUUAGUUAAUAUAAAUCGUGUACUAAACAUGUACAGUACAGUUGAACUUGCCUAUGUCAACUAUAAUUGUUAAUUGUUAGGUAAUGAUCUGUAAGUCAAAUUCUAUCUAAGUCAAACAAUUUUUCAAUGCCAUUUUGGAUUUGACUUCGGCAAGUUCAACUGUACUAUAUUACUUGUAAGAAACUAUGAAACGUUAGAAAAUAACUAAAUUAAUCAUAUCAUGUAAUUUUUGGAACUUGCGAACUUAUCAGGAUAUCAAACAAAAUAAAUUGUUUUCUUUCCUUCAAAUUCUAUGAGCAUUAGUAGCAUUGCCUCUACAAAUACAUCUCUUUCCGAAGUAAUUAAUGUCAAGUCUCUAAAAAAUUCUCCAUUCCUUUGACUGAGUUUGCUCAAACCUAGUGCAAGAUGGAAAAUCAACUUUAUACACUUUCCAACCCAACAUUGCAAACGUCAUUUUAUUCUGCUGUGGAUAUUGGCACUUUAUGAAUUUAUUAUAUAAAAAUAACCAUUGUGUUCUCAGGGACAGAUCUCUGGAGGGGCAACCAACAGUCUACCACAGAGGCUCAACAUUAUUUUCCAGUAGAAGACACCCAAAACUACACAAAUUAACACAGUGUAUGAUUCCUGAUUUUUAACUCAAAACUGUCCCAUGUAGAGUACUUUACUGACAAGCUAGGGCCACCAACCUUUUCUCGCACCUGGGUCCCUUGACUUACAGUACACGACUGUUUUUCAAAAUUAAUAAUUUGCUAUAUGUUUAGUUCACAUUAUACUCAAAGUUAUUGCCAGUAUUCUCAAAUUUUAUUUUAAAUUUGAAGUUGAACAAUCUAGGAAUAGAAAAGGUUAUACAUUUUUAUAUAUAUACAGUAUAUUAGUAAAUAAUGUUAAUGUUUAUUUAAUUGUAUUUUAUAUUGAAUUGUAUUUUAUUUAUUAGUAUUUUUCAAUUAUAAUAAAAGGUUAAUAAUCAUUAAGGGCAUGCCAUUAAAAUAACGUUAUUAUUUCUUGAUCAAUUCUACUACAUACAAUAAUUAUGAUUUUUUAAAAACUAACUAUAUAUAUGCAAUUAAUUUACCAUACAUUGAUGCUAACAAUUGAUUGUAUAUAAAAAUUUAGAGAAAAAGUAUUUUUAUAGAAGUUUAUUAUUUAAAGGAAUUCUGUAAUGCAAAGAGGUUUCUGAAAUGCAACUUAAAUGCAAUUUAAACGCCAACUCAUGUUAUUAAGCUCUGCCAUUGGACAUUUGUUUACUGAAUGUAGAGGUAAAUAGAGCAACAACCACGCUGACACUCAUAUUUAAGUUUAUGGAGCCGUUUAUUACACCCUGUCUAUUUCACAGGUGUAGGCUAAAUACACUUUUCAAAUGCCAGGUCUCUUACAGGUACUGUUAAGCUCAAAUUCCUGUUUAUUAUCGAUUAACUCGGGUUGUUUGAUUCCGUAGGCCUGGUCAUAUCUAGGUUACUUAUAUUAAGUUGAUGUAACCGCUUAUUACACCCUGUCUAUUUAACAGGUGUAGGCUAUCCACCCUUUUUCAAAUGCCACAUCUCUUGCAGGUACUGUUAAGCUCAAACUCCUGUAUAUUAUCAAUUAACUGAGGAUGUUUGAUUUCGUAGGCCUCCUGGUCAUAAUAUCUAGGCUACUGUUCAUUGCAAGCCCAAUGUAGUCAAUUUCUUAGGCCCUUGGGGGACACCAGCUUUUAGAAUGAACUCAAACCAAUCAGAAGGAUGUGGCUUAGUGUCUAGGAAGUGUCUCAUUUUAAGUGGAUAUUCCGUACCAUGUUGUCAUAGUUCCUCUAAAACUAACUUGUACAUAGAAGAGGCUUGUGAAUCUAUAAAAUGUGAGCGUAAUAAUAAUCCAUGUUUUAAAAUACAGUAUUCAUAUUUUUAUCCCUAGAUCUACCAAGUAUUGAGGGGAACCCAUCAUCUCCCCUCCCCCACUUUAUUUUUAGUAUUAUAGCAACACUACAUUCCUUUCAUGUAUUAUUUCACUGAGUCUGUUUAUAGUAUGAUAGUAUGAAAGUAUUCUCUAGUUUACUCCCCAAAUGCUGUGUGUCACAGGAGCUUAAACCUGUGUUUUUAUAUGAGUGCAUCAUAUGGCAGGGUGAAGGAUUUAUUUGAUAAGAGCUCUUGUAAUGAUGGGUUACAUUUUUUGCACUACAAAAGUAAUUUGUGGUAUUUAGAUAUUAAUGAUGGUGUACCACAGUUAUGUGGAAAACACUUUAUAUGAUAUACAGUAGGAUGAAUAAUGCUAAUGGUAAAAGUUUGGCGAUUCCUUAUUUCGACACUGGUGUUGAAUACAUGAUUUUUUGAAAAUAAACUUUGUUGCAAUACAGAGACUAA